AUUUGCUUGCACCCGAUCAUGCAACAACUUUACAACUCGGCAGACACGCAUGCCAUCCCUAUUCCUCCAGACGAACCGAGUUGACAAGCCCACCCAAACUUCCGACGUACCCAGCUUUUUAUGCCAUCCCCAACCUCACUGCGAUCACCUCAACCGCCACCGCCAUGAGUGGACGGCUCCUGGCAGCGGGGAUACUGCCCCUUGCCACGCGCCGCGCCGCGGCCUCCCUCCCUGAAGCCGCCGUUCGACACUACCACCGCUUCCGACUCCCUACCGGCGGCCUUCAACGCGCAGACAGAGCCAUUCACGCCACCAGGCACCGCGUCUGGCCCCCUAGCAGUGCCUUCCACAAUGCCGUCAUCGUGCGGAACGCCUCCUUUGCGAGGCUCCUGCCCAGGCUGCUGGUCAAGUUCGUCAGGAUACCGGCCAUGUUUGGCGGUUUGAUGAUAGGCGGAGUCGCAUGGGUGCAAUACCAGGCCAUACAGGUCAGCAACUCGGCAUCGGAAAUGUACAAGAACAUGAAGGCGACAGCCGUCGAUACCGCGUCGGACAUAUUUGGCGGCGCAAAGGACAUCGCUAGCCAGAUAGGAAGAGGCUGGGACAGCACAAAAGAGUCGGUGGAAAUGCCAGAGUGGAUGCAGAAGGUGCUUCGGCUGCAAGAGGAUAUCGGCACUGGCAAGGGGGGCCCAGACCCGGGAGAGGAGCCGCCAAAACAGAGCAGGUCUGGCAAGGUCAUGACCGGUGCGGCGGCAGCAGGCGCAUGGACCCAGAUCGUCGACGACGACAGGGAAGCAGAAGAGAUCGCCAACGACGACCAGAUGAUGGUCCUCACCAAGAAGAUGAUCGAGAUCCGGAAUAUUCUCUCCAAAGUCGGCCAGUCCAGCGCCCUCACGCUGCCGUCUAUCGUUGUCAUCGGGUCACAAUCCUCGGGGAAGAGCUCGGUCUUGGAGGCCAUCGUGGGGCAUGAGUUCCUGCCCAAGGGCUCAAAUAUGGUCACGAGGCGGCCGAUCGAGCUGACCCUCAUCAACACCCCCGAUUCCAAAUCCGAGUACGGCGAGUUCCCAGACCUCGGCCUGAAGACAUCCGACUUUUCCUCCGUGCAACGCACUCUCACCGACCUCAACCUGGCUGUUCCAGACAGCGAAUGUGUCUCGGACGACCCCAUCAGGUUGAGCAUCUACUCCCCCAGCGUGCCAGACCUGUCUCUGAUCGACUUGCCCGGCUACAUCCAGGUCGUCGGCCAGAACCAACCACUGGAACUCAAGUCCAAGAUCGCAGAAUUAUGCGACAAGUACAUCCAAGCACCCAAUGUCAUUCUCGCAAUAUCCGCCGCGGAUGUCGACCUGGCCAACUCCACAGCAUUGAGGGCAAGCAGGAGGGUAGACCCCAGGGGCGAGCGAACCAUAGGCGUUGUCACCAAGAUGGACCUGGUGGACCCUGUACGGGGCGCGGCCAUACUGUCAGACAAGCAGUAUCCCCUCAGGCUCGGGUAUGUUGGCGUUGUCUCCCGAGCACCAGGCGUGAAGGCGCUGUUCAACAAGGGGUUCGGGAGCAACCUCACUACUACGAUCGCCAAAAACGAGAAUGCCUUCUUCUCGUCACAUCCCCUGGAAUUCGGCCCCGACAAUGACCUCAGCCUGGGCACGCUGACGUUACGAAAAAAGCUGAUGCACGUGCUUGAGCAAACCAUGUCUGCUAGCCUGCAGAGCACGCACGAUGCGAUAAAACAGGAACUCGAGGAGGCUACCUACGAGUUCAAAGUCCAGUACAACGAUCGGCCGCUUUCGGCAGAAUCGUACCUGGCCGAAAGCCUGGAUGCUUUCAAGCACUCUUUCAAGCAGUUCACAGAGGAAUUUGGCCGGCCGCAAAUGAAGGAGAUCCUGAAGAAGGAGCUUGACCAGCGCGUCCUAGACCUGCUCGCUCUUCGCUACUGGAAUAAGCCCAUCACUGACCUAUCACAACCGCCCCCCGAGGUUGACACUCUCGCGGACCUGCCCAAGGCCGAUCCCAACAGCCCUUACUGGCACCGCCAGCUCGACGCCUCCACAGCCUCGCUGACGAAGCUCGGCGUAGGCCGUCUGGCUACCAGUGCCGUGGCCGCGACGAUCCAGCAGCACAUCGAGCAGCUGAUUGCACAGUCGACAUUCGCCAACCACCCUUUUGCGCGCGAGGCGAUCACCAACGCCGCGUCGAGCAUCCUGAAUGAGAGGUUCUACAGCACGAGUGACCAGGUGGAGAACUGUAUUAAGCCAUACAAGUUCGAGAUCGAUGUCGAGGAUAGAGAAUGGACUGCUGGUCGGGAACACGUCAGCGGUGUGCUCAAGGGCGAGCUUGAUGCGUGCCAGAACGCCCUGACGAACCUGGAGAAGGCGGUUGGCGGGCGGAGGAAGAUGAAGGAGGUCAUGGGCUUUGUAGACAAGUGCCGAAAAGGAGACAUCAUUGUCGAGGGCGAUGGAAGGAUCGGCGCAGGCGGGUUUAGCGCCGCAUUGCUGGACAAGGGCCGCGAGGCAGUCUUCCUGCGCGACCGCGCAGACAUCAUCAACAUGCGGCUGCUGGCUGUCAAGUCGCGGCAGUGCAAGGAUCUCAAGAACAAGUACUACUGCCCGGAGGUGUUCCUGGAUGCGGCGGCGACCAAGCUGGCGCAGACGGCGGUGCUCUUCCUGAACGUGGAGCUGCUGUCCGAGUUCUACUACAACUUCCCGCGCGAGCUCGACGCCCGCCUCGGCCGCCACCUCUCGGACGACCAGAUCGAGCGCUUCGCGAAGGAGGACCCCAAGAUCAAGCGCCACCUCGAGGUCAUCCGCCGCAAGGAGCUGCUGGAGCUCGUCCUCGACAAGAUGGAGAGCCUCAGGCAGCUCGAGGGCCCCCGUGGGGCUGCUGGUGGGUUCGUUGGGUCCAAGGACAGGGAAGCGAGGAAGGAGAAGGGCGGCCGGUGGGGGUUGUUCUGAUUGACCGACUCGUGACUAAAUGAUCGAUUAGGACUCGGAACCCCGAGCGAGUACUGACCGGUCUCUCCGGGGUAGAAAGGAUAUGCCUGGUGUUGGGUCGUUGGGCGCCAUGACUUAUGAUAUAUUCAUCUCAUCACAUCAGUGGGGGGCUUUUGCGGGCAGGAGUUUCUGUGGCCGGUGGUCGUCGUUCAUUGAAAUUUGAAUUGUUUAGGCUCCUCCUACCCAGCUUACUUUUACUUACAUCACAUGUAUACACUUAAGCUAUGAGCAAGUAGAAAGAUAGCCAACCUCAAGGUCGUACAUUCUGUCGCGUGGUCAUCCAUGCUUACGAAUCUGUGGACUACAAGUACACGACUGUACUCUGGCAGGUCAUGUCAAACAUCAGAUGUUUCCUUUCCGCUUCCGGGGGCACACUCGCUCGCUCGCUCGCUCGCGUUUCCUAGAAGCUGGACCAAGUUUGUCCAUAAAGUCUAUUCGGCCCAUGGAGGG